GCACCGGCAAUAAGUUUAAAUCCAAAUCAACUGGCGGGACAAUCCGGUUGUUCGUCGUCGUUAGUGUAGAAACGUUACGAACUGACCGAAGCUGCUAUAUCAGGGUAAAGAUAGUUAUAACACCGCUGCAGUAUUCUUAACACUAACAUGGAUUGCCUAAAUGUUUCAAGUAUUCUGCCAAACUCACCAAGGAAAAAGCGAGGACAAAUCCAGGUCAUAUUUGGACCCAUGUUUUCUGGAAAGAGCACAGAAUUGAUGCGCAGAGUGCGUAGAUUCCAGAUUGCACAGUACAAAUGCCUAGUUAUCAAAUAUGCCAAAGACACGCGCUAUUCGGAAAAGGGAAUGGCCACACAUGACCAGAAUACAAUGGAAGCCGUACCAGCCAACGCCCUGAAGGAUGUGCGUUCUCUUGCAAUGCGGGCUUGUGUCAUUGGCAUAGAUGAAGGACAAUUUUUUCCAGACACAGUGGAGUUCUGUGAAGAAAUGGCCAACCAUGGCAAGAUAGUCAUUGUUGCAGCUCUGGAUGGUACUUUUCAAAGGAAGCCAUUUGGAAACAUCCUGAGCCUGGUGCCGCUGGCAGAAAGUGUUGUGAAGCUGAAUGCUGUCUGCAUGCAGUGCUUCAAAGAGGCUGCCUACACUAAGAGGCUUGGUGCUGAGAAAGAGGUGGAGGUGAUCGGAGGAGCUGAUAUGUACCAUGCUGUGUGCCGCGGUUGUUAUGGGGGUCUUGCGAAGGGGAAGGAGAACUGUGGGCCGUCCAGGGAUGAAACUCCUCCACACCAGGUCUCCGGCAAGCAGCUGGACAUUACGGUCCCACGCAAACUGUUUGGCACUCUGCAGCUCUGAGAACAUCUCAGAAGGACACGGAUGAACUGGACAGACUAUCAAGAUGAACCAGUAUUAUUUGUAUGUCAAAUUCUUUGUGUGGUACGGGACUUUUGAACGUAAUUUUACGUUUGUAAAAUGUACAUUUGAUUGAUAGACUGACUUAGCACUUGGUUGGUGGUUUGCACGGUGUGUAUUUUUAUAGAUUUUUUUAAAUCAACGUACUGUAUGUCAUCCAGAAUCAAACAUCUUUAACUGCGCUCACUCUGUGUACAUGUGUAUAUAUAAGCAGCAGAACUAUGAUUUGAUGUUUUGAUUUUGCUAAUUUUAUUAAAUAUUUUAAUGACAUCUGA